GUGCGCCGAAGAUACCGCGAGACUUCACAGGCCUGCCUCGGCCUUAGCGCGCCGGAAGCGGAAGUCAGGCGGUGGUCGGAGUCUGGCCGAAGUGGGCCUGUUACUUUGGAGAGCUGAGGGGUCCGGACGUCCUGUGACGGUCUUCUGGGUCGGAGAUCUAAACAAUCUAAACAUUAAACGGUACAGCUGCCUCAAAUCCCUGGGAAAUCAAGGCACGCCUUUAAUUUGCUGAAUUUAUUUUAAACCGUACCCUGGAUUUGAGAAUUUGACAUCUGUUUGCCAAUACCAGACACAUUGGUAUUUAAUAAGACAUACUGUAAGAGAGCGGAGGCCUGGAAGAAUUUCAGAAUGACUGACACUUCUGAAGCUGUUCCAAAUUUUGAAGAGAUGUUUGCCAGUAGAUUCACAGAAGAUGACAAAGAGUACCAGGAAUACCUGAAACGCCCUCCUGAGUCCCCUCCAAUUGUUGAGGAAUGGAAUAGCAGAGCUGGUGGGAACCAAAGAAAUAGAGGCAAUCGGUUGCAAGAUAACAGACAGUUUAGAGGUAGGGAUAGCAGACGGGGGUGGCCAAGUGACAAUCGAUCCAAUCAGUGGCAUGGGCGAUCCUGGGGUAACAAUUACCCACAGCACAGACAAGAACCUUACUACCCCCAUCAAUAUGGACACUAUGGUUACAACCAACGGCCUCCCUAUGGCUACUACUGAUAGAAAUGUCAGCAGCUUUUAAUAAAACCAUUUACUCUGUUAA